UUUAUCCUUUAAAAACUUUUCAGAUUUAGAUAGUUACACUUGGAAAUAAAUAAGGGGGCAAGGACAUCUUCGAACGCGUCUGUUAUACCAAAAUCAAGGGAGAGAGAAGAAUUGGAAAAGUUUGUUUAUAUAAUGGCAUUGAGAAUACAAUUUGAAAAUAGCAGUGAAAUCGGCUGCUACGCAACAUUGACGAAUUCCUAUUGUCUUGUUGCGCAAGGGGCUUCUGAGAACUUUUACUCGGCGUUCGAGAGCGAACUCUCAGAUGCAAUUCCGGUUGUUCACUCUUCGAUUGCUGGGUGCCGAAUAGUGGGAAAUCUGACAGUAGGCAACAAGAAUGGGUUGUUGGUUCCCAACACGACAGUUGACCAGGAGCUGCAACACAUCAGAAAUUCCCUUCCAGAGAACAUCAAGAUCCAGAGGAUAGAGGAGAAGCUAAAUGCACUAGGUAACGUAAUUGUGUGCAAUGACCAUGUGGCACUUGUACAUCCUGACUUGGAUACUGAGACGAAAGAGAUCAUCUCCGACGUGUUGGGAGUGGAGGUGUUCCCCCAGACAGUAGCGGGACAGGUACUUGUGGGGACAUAUUGUACCAUAUCCAACAGAGGCGGUCUCAUUCACCCAAAGACAUCUGUGUCUGAUUUGGAUGAGUUGACUUCACUACUUCAGGUUCCUCUAGUGGCAGGUACAGUGAACAGAGGCAGCAACCAAAUAUCCUCAGGUCUCAUUGUAAACGACUGGAUAGCAUUCACAGGCUUCAAUUCCACAGCAACAGAGAUAUCAGUGAUCGAAAAAGUGUUCAAACUAUCAGACUCAUUUGUGCCAACGCCCGCCAACGGGGUCAGUACGGCUGCUGCAGCAAAUGCAGAAGGAGAUAUGAAGACACCUUCCCAGACUGAUUUCAAGGACGCUUUGAUUGAUAGUCUGUUUUGAAGUUGACAUGAAUUGAUUGUUGUUCUUAAUAACACAAGUUUCUAUGUUUGAAUUGAGAACGCUCAUCGUUUCAUGGAUAAUUUAUAAGGAUGAGAGAAA